AUGUGUCGACGUCAAGUUAUUCAAACAAAUAUAGUAAGUGAUCAAAUAAAAAAUGCUAAAAUAGUAAAAGAAAAAGUUCAACGAAAAGUUGAUCAUGCUCUUUUAAAAAUAGAUGAAAAUAUACAAUCAUUUUCUAAACCAACACAAAUAUCAUCUCGUUUAACAUAUAAUAGUCUUGUUAAACAACAUAAAUUUCUAAUAGAAACUAAUCAAGAAUUAUUAAUCAUCGAUAAAAAUAUAAACAAUGAAUUAUUACCAAAUUUACGUUCAUUACGUCAUAAUUAUAUACAAACUAAAAUACCACGAAAUCAAUUACAUUUAUUAGUUGAACAAGGGUGUGGGUGUGGGUGUUCAUUAGAUCUUAUACGACAUAUAACAUAUAAUAUAUCAUUAUUAAUUAAAGAAAAUGGUUCAAUUGCUGAAAAACCAUUAAUGAAAUAUUUUCAACAAUAUCAAAUUUUAUUUCAUGCAGAUUUUCAAUUAUUACUUAUUCGUUAUGAUAUGAUAGCAUUAGAAGAUCUUAUGGUUUUAUUAAUUGUUAGUAAAUUAGCUAAACCUAAUGAAAUUAAAUCUUAUGCCAAAACAAUAUUCUGUCUUAAUGUAAAUAUAAAUAUGCUCAUUUGUUAUAUUUAUUUUUCAGUAAAAUAUUGA